UGCUGCACCUGCACCCUUAUCCUUAAAACCCUCUUCCUAACUAGUAAGCGAGUCAGCUUCUGACUGAUGCCAGCGAUUAUCCAAUAUUUGAAAGCUUAAUCCGGCGAAACGCCAAAAAGGGAAAAAUCCCCGCUAAAGGGAAACCUAAUUUUAACCCGAGCAACUGACAGACAAUUUGACCGACGCGUCUUGGCCACCUUCUUAAAUCUGAGAGUGUUGUAUUCCAGAAAAAACCCCUUCCCCCCUAUCUAUUUCUCACCCAUAAAAAUAAAAACGCCAUUAACUCCAAUUUUUCACAAUCCACAGUAGUAGUAGGAGGGUUGUGUGGCGUAGUGGUAGGUCCACUCCACCCCGGUCCCUCCCGGUCGAUUUUUUUUUUUUUUGGGUAUUUCUCCCUUCUGUAUUUUUAGAACUAUAUAAAAAGAAUCGGCGAGAGUAAGCUAGUUUUUUUUUUCUUUCUCAAAUGGAGCCUCCUCAACAAGUGCCAAAAAAGAGAGGCCGAAAACCCAAGCCCAAAGAAGACAAAGAUCAGCAGCAACAGCAGCAGCAGCAAAGCGCAGGUAGCAAAAUGAAGGAAGGAAAGAAGUCACAGCAGCAGCAACAACAUACUGUUGAUGAGAAGUAUACUCAAUGGAAAUCUUUAGUUCCUGUUCUUUAUGACUGGCUCGCUAAUCAUAAUCUCGUUUGGCCUUCUCUCUCUUGCCGGUGGGGUCCGCAGCUGGAGCAAGCUACUUACAAGAAUCGACAGCGUCUUUACCUCUCCGAGCAGACUGAUGGUAGCGUGCCAAAUACUUUGGUUAUUGCAAAUUGUGAAGUGGUAAAGCCUAGGGUCGCUGCUGCUGAGCAUAUUGCUCAGUUUAAUGAAGAAGCUCGCUCUCCGUUUGUCAAGAAGUACAAGACAAUCAUACAUCCUGGAGAGGUGAACAGGAUCAGGGAACUGCCACAGAAUAGUAGGAUAGUAGCUACACAUACUGAUGGCCCUGAUGUUCUCAUAUGGGAUGUUGAAGCACAACCUAAUCGCCAUGCUGUUCUUGGAGCUACAAAUUCCCGUCCAGAUUUGAUUUUGACAGGACAUCAAGAUAAUGCAGAAUUUGCUCUUGCAAUGUGCCCAACUGAACCUUUUGUGCUCUCUGGAGGGAAAGACAAGUCAGUGGUUUUGUGGAGUAUCCAGGACCACAUAACAGCAUCUGCAACUGACCCAGCAACAGCCAAGUCUCCAGGAUCUGGUGGAUCAAUCAUUAAAAGGGCAGGAGAAGGUAAUGAUAGGGCUGCUGAAAGCCCUUCUGUAGGGCCACGAGGUAUCUACCAGGGGCAUGAGGAUACAGUUGAAGAUGUGACAUUCUGCCCGUCCAGUGCACAGGAGUUUUGCAGUGUGGGAGAUGAUUCUUGCCUUAUAUUAUGGGAUGCUCGAAUUGGCUCUAGCCCGGCUGUCAAGGUUGAAAAGGCACACAAUGCUGAUCUUCACUGUGUUGAUUGGAAUCCCCAUGAUAACAACCUUAUCAUAACUGGGUCAGCAGAUAAUUCUGUUCGCAUGUUUGAUCGGCGAAAUCUCACAUCUAAUGGAGUUGGGACGCCUGUCUACAAAUUUGAAGGUCACAAGGCUGCUGUACUUUGUGUACAGUGGUCUCCAGACAAGUCAUCUGUUUUUGGAAGUUCUGCAGAAGAUGGUCUCUUGAAUAUUUGGGAUUAUGAUAAGGUUGGUAAGAAAACAGAGCGCGCAACUAGAGCCCCAAAUUCUCCUGCUGGAUUAUUUUUCCAGCAUGCUGGGCACAGGGAUAAAGUUGUUGACUUCCAUUGGAAUGCAUCCGAUCCUUGGACAAUUGUUAGCGUGUCGGAUGACUGUGAUACCACUGGAGGCGGGGGAACAUUGCAGAUAUGGCGCAUGAGUGAUUUGAUCUAUAGGCCAGAAGAUGAGGUAUUGGCAGAGCUUGAGAAGUUCAAGUCGCACGUGAUUGAAUGUACUUCAAAGGCUUGAGGAUAGUUUACAUUUAUUGCAUGGAUUUUUCUUUUCUAUGUUGUGUUUUGUCUCAACUCAAGGUUGGUCGGGGAUGUUAAAUGUAGGUAUUUUUACUUGACAAUUAGCUUUUUUCUGAGAUUAUUUCUCAGACUAUUACUAUUAGUCAGAGAUUCAUAAAAAUUCCUGCCUUUUAAA